UGAGAGAGAGUGAGAUUAUUGUGUGUGUGUGUGUGUGUGUGUGUGUGUGUGUGUGUGUGUGUGUGUGUGUGAGAGUGAGAUUAGUGUGUGUGAUGAAUAGAGACUAAAGUUCUGAUGGGGAAUGGGUUCUGCAGCCAGCAGCUCAACAACACACAUCGUACAUGAAACCAAUUCAUCAUCACAGCCAAUGGACAAAGUCGCAUUAUCAUCAUCAUCAUUUUUAUCUAGUUCCUGUCCCCGGGCCCCUCCCACCAUCAUCAUCACUGCUCCGUCCCGGGAGAACCUGCUGGCUCCAUCUACCGACCAAUCCAUACAGAAGGCUAAUCAGGAGCGCAGACCGGGCAGCCCCAUCGUUGUAGGGAGGGGAUUCAUCAUCAGCAGAGCCUAGCACACACACACACACACACACACAUACACAUCACAGAAAGAGAUACACAGUUCUUGGAGAAUGGACAGGAGAACACCAAUAAUCCUCUCAGCAGUCUGAACCUUUCUGUGUAGUCUUCUGAACUAAAACAGAUUACUGAUGUGUACAGAACAGACUCGAUGACGGCCCAGUAGAACAGUUUCAGCAGCUCCUGAGAUGGAGAACGCGGUGGAUCCUGAAAUGAAGCUCAUCAGGCUGAAAUCUCUCAAAACCAACAGGAGCUGUACUGUUCCUUACUCCGAGCAGUUGGGGAACUGCAGGAGUGUCAAAGAGUUUGAGAAACUCAACCGCAUUGGAGAGGGAACAUACGGCAUCGUGUACAGAGCCCGUGACACACACACACAUGAAAUUGUUGCCCUAAAGAAAGUGCGCAUGGAUAAAGAGAAGGACGGGAUCCCUAUCAGCAGUCUGAGAGAGAUCACGCUCCUCCUCAGGCUCAGACACCCGAAUAUUGUGGAGCUGAAGGAGGUGGUGGUGGGGAGCCAGUUAGAGAGCUUGUUCCUGGUGAUGAGUUACUGUGAGCAGGACUUGGCCAGCCUCCUGGAGAACAUGCAGUCUCCCUUCUCAGAGGCACAGGUGAAGUGUAUUGUUCUGCAGCUGCUCAGGGGUCUGGUGUAUCUCCAUCACAACUUCAUCCUGCACAGGGAUCUGAAAGUGUCCAAUCUUCUGAUGACAGAUAAAGGAUGUGUGAAGAUUGCGGAUUUUGGCCUGGCACGUGUGUAUGGAGUCCCUCAGCAGCCCAUGACCCCUAAAGUAGUGACCCUGUGGUACAGAGCACCCGAGCUCCUUCUGGGCACCAAGACACAGACCACGGCACUGGACAUGUGGGCAGUAGGAUGUAUCCUGGCUGAACUCCUGGCCCAUAAGCCCUUGUUGCCUGGCAGUUCAGAGAUCCAGCAGUUGGAUCUGAUUGUACAGCUGUUGGGAACCCCUAACGAGAACAUCUGGCCGGGUUUCUCAUGUCUCCCCCUGGUGGGGCAGUACAGUCUGAGGAAACAACCAUACAACAACCUAAAGAACAAAUUCACCUGGCUGUCAGAGGCUGGACUUCGCCUCCUCAACUUACUCUUUAUGUACAACCCCCACCGCAGGGCCUCAGCCAAGGACUGCUUGGAGAGUUCGUAUUUCAAAGAGAAACCACUGCCUUGUGAACCAGAGCUCAUGCCCACCUUCCCUCACCAUCGGAACAAAAGGGUGGGGCCAAUAGCCGAGAGCCAAUCAAAACGGAGCAAACCGGGCCACUCCCUUGCAUCCUGAUCCUGGACACCUGAUCAGAAAAGAACUGUAGUCGUGUAGCCAGGAACCAAUCAGAAUGAAGCACCUUCUCAGUCUUAUCAGCCCAUCAGAAGGAAGUCAGGUGUGAUAACGGCUUAGAGUUUAGAGCUCGUACAGCACACCUGAGACAGGUAACACACACGACUGCUCAAGGGUGUGUGUGUGUUUCUGAUGAGAUCAGUAUCUACACGUGUGUUACUCAGUACCAGUGCUGCCUGUGUGCACUGAGACAGUUAAUAAUGAUGUGAAGUUCUCAGUGUGUCUCAGUCUGUGCUGCAGUGUCUGAAGAUGUUCCACGUGUGUUAUGUGUUUACUGCUGAUCAGCAGCUUUGUGUGUUUAAAACAAGCUGCUGGUGGAAUUUUAUGUUUAUUUUUCGGUAAAAUCUGAUUUUUUUUUCUCUCCUUUACAUUCCUUAAGGAAUUUUGCGGAAAAGAUUUGCGAUGGUUAUCUAACUAACCCGAGCUUGACUCCGCCCACCCUAACCAACACAGUUAAAUGUAAUGUGUUAAUAAAUAAUAAACAUGGUUAUUUAUUCUGA